AUGGGCGAUUCAAAGAACACGGCACCACCCGCAGGGCCAGCUCCGGAUAUUCUAUCUAUGGUCCCAGAGUUACCCCCUGGUCGUACCCUCAACGCGGGCAUGACCUUCGAUGAGACAGUGGCCAAUCUCAAGCAACACCCCCUCUUUAUGACGGAACUGGACCCAAGUGAGGACAACGAUGAGCUGGCCGCGCUACAGGCCCUUGCUUAUGAUGGCACCCCCCUCGAGAACGCCAUCAAUUUUAAGGAGCAAGGGAACGAAUGUUUCCGGGAGAAGCGUUGGGCAGAUGCAAAGGAGUUCUAUGGCAAGGGGGUGGCCGUCCUAGCUGCGGAAGAGCUGAGGAGGGCCAAGGGCGAGAAGAAAAAGGUGCAAAAGGCUGCCGAACCAGUGGCGAUCAACCCGGACGCGGAUAACUCCCUGGGCGGCGUAGACCUAGAGGAGGAGGUUCCCGCACCUAACAAGGAAAAUUUCGAAGAAGUCCCUGACGACCCGGCCGAGGUGAAGUCCGAACGGGCCCUCCUCGAAACCCUGUACAUCAACCGGGCCGCCUGUCACCUAGAACUACGCAACUACCGCUCCUGUACUAUCGACUGCGCCGCCGCCCUCCGACUCAACCCGCACAACAUCAAGGCGCUCUACCGCUCCGCUCGCGCCCUGCUCCUCGUCAACAAGCUCGCCGAGGCCGACGACGCCUGCGCGCGGGGGCUCGAAAUCGACUCCUCGAGCAAGCCGCUCCUGGCGCUCGCGCAGGACAUCAUCAAGGCCGCCGAGGCGGACGCCGCGCGGCGCAAGCGCGACGAGGAGCGCCUGUCCAACGAGCGCCGGCGCGUGGUGCUGCUCAAGACGGCGCUGCAAGCCCGCGGGAUCCCCACGCGCAGCACGGGCAAGCCGCCCGACAUGGAGGACGCCAAGGUCAAGCUAUCGCCUGACGACUUGGACCCGGCCAGCGCGCUGGUGUUCCCCACCCUGCUGCUGUAUCCGUGUCAUUUCGAGAGCGACUUCAUCAAGGCGUUUAACGAGCAGGAGAGCUUGGAGCAGCACUUUGGUUAUGUCUUUCCCCUGCCGUGGGACCGGACGGGCGAGUAUAAGCCUACGGGAGUCGAGUGCUAUGUUGAGACUACUAGCGGAGGGUUGGUGAAGGUCGGGAGGAAAGUGCCGCUGUUGAAGGUAUUGGGGACCGGGAACGUGGAGGUGGUGGAUGACUUGCUGAAGAUUUUUGUUGUACCAAAGGCAAGGGCGGAAGGGUGGGUGAAGGAGUUCAAGGAGAAGAAGGCGGCGGGGCGUCCGUAG